AUGUUAUAACCAGAUGCUGCUCAGCUUAUAGUAACUAUGAGUGACUGCAACUGCAAAAGCAUUUUGAACAGUCCUUGAAAGGCGCCUUGUGACAUUUUAUAUCGCUUUUUUUCCCCAUUGUAGAAGUCUGUGAUGCUACUUCCUGUCGUGGUGUUAUAUUUCCUGCACAGUGCCUGCAGCAGCACACAUACUUUGGCAUCUCCCUCAUUUGUUUUCUUUCCACGUUACGCAACUCAAUGGAGGCUCUGUCUGUGUACCAUGACAGCAUCAACAAGGAGAUGGGAGAGAAGAUCCUCUGCAAGACGAAUAAAGAUGGCAGCUAUUUGAUACGUAAGAGUGAGACCAGGACCGGAGUUUACUGCCUCUGUGUUUUGUUCAAAGGUUUUGUCUACACAUACAGAGUACAUCAGACCAAGGACAGCCUGUGGGUUGCAGAGACAGCUCCGGGUGUCCAAGAACGAGUCUUUCGGAACGUCAAGAACCUGAUAGCGCAUUUCCGCGAGCCGGACAAAGGCAUCGUCAUACCUCUGCUUUAUCCGGUCCCAGCCAAAUAGCCAGAUGCCGUGUCCUGAAAAGAAAACCUGGAAUGUGUCUGUGAGUGGACUGCAAACUAACAAAAAACACUGUCCACGUUGUCACAUAUGCAAAAUAUUGCAUUUUUGUUUCUUGAUGCACACAUGGAUGAUAUCUGAAAUGCCUAGACCGUGAAUCUGUAUCAUAAAUCAAAAAAAUAAAUCCUGAAUAUCCUUCUGUUCAAACUGCUUAUCCAAUACAGUGUCAAAUCACUGUUGAAAAAAAAUAUUCUACACUUAUUAAAUGGAUGCACAAGUUUUUUAUCAAACUAUACUGUCAGAAAAAAGUACCAAAGUGUACCUUUCAGGUAACGAAUACUUUUCACUGGAGCUGUACCCUCAAGGGUCUGCCAGUUGUACCCUAGCUGUAGGUAAAUGUUCCUUUUAAGGUACAGAUAUGCAAACCUUUAGUAAAUCACCCAAUGACUGAGUGGGGUAAUACUUCCACUGGAGGCAUCAUUGAAGAAUGCUUGCACACACAUAUGUAGACAUACAAGACAAUUCAUAGUAUUUUGUAAAUAUUUAUGCAUAAAAGAGUUAGAGGAAUCGGCCUUAUUUACAUCUCAGAAUAAUUUUGAUUUAAUGCUAACAAUUAAUUGAAAUAGAUACACAUGUAUUCAUGUGAAUUAUGCAGUGAUUUUGAAGAAUAAUAUGAAAGGCAUUCAGAUAUUAAGCGACUGAUCAACGCAAUUAGAUCAGGUGUACAUUCAUGGCUAACAGAAAGGUAUUGUCACAACAGGCAACGUUUUUUUGCUUUUGGUUCAUUUUUAUAGGACUGAAUUGUUAAUAGAUGUCAGUGAUAAAUGACAGGUCAAAUUUUGAACAACAAAUAUUUUAUUUCCUUUCGUUGAGAAUCAUUGUAAAGCCUACCGGUAUUUCUGCUAACAGUGUGCACUUGUUUGAAGCUGAAACUACAUUGUAGAAAUUAAACAUUUUGCCAGUAUGACUAAACUUCAAAAGAAGGAAACUAUUUGAAGAAGCUUUUUUUCCCCAUGUUGAUGUGUAACUUUGAAACAGAAACCAUUCUAGUUUUUUUUGUUGAAUUAGUCGUAGAAUAAUUUGUCUUGUUUUUUUUUCUAAACUAAUUUCAUAAACAUAUGAAUUUCUUCUGUAGAACUUCUAUCUGCAUUAUUCCUGUAAUAAAUUAGUAAUUUUUUUUUCUUCAGUCAAGCCUAGUUGUGUCAGAUUUUGAAAAUGUUGUUUGUCUUUCAUUAGCCUUAUGCGGGUCUGGGAACUGGGGAAUGUGACAUGUAACAUUGUCAAGCUGUGAAUAGACAAAGUAAACAGCAGGAUACAGGAACCUUUAGCUACAAAACUAUGUCCGUAACAUUUUGUGUAUGUCUUAGGUUUCAUCCAACAUUCUAGAAUUCAGUAUUUGGCAAAAAUUUAUAACAUUGUUUGAUAUUAAUAUAUGGCUAUAAUAAUAAAUUUUUUGUCAUACAGUAAAGGCUGCAAGGAAAUAGGUGUUUUUUACAGAUGAGUUUGUUAAUAUGUCUGUUAGUUCAGGUCUACUGAUUGUGUUAAACAGUCAUUAUCCUGCAGAAGCUUUAGAAGAUUUGACAUUCAAGGUGUCAGAUAAGCAAGUUGCAAAUUUAAUGUAACGACUGCAGAAGAAGAUUCCUGUGCUCAAGGAGUGGGUGCUGGGUCAUAAUUAAAAGAAAUGUAUGCACGGUACUGUUCUUAGAAGUUCGUAGUCUAGCAUAUCCUAAGAAUAUGCAUGUCCUGUAAGUGAAGAAGUGCAGAUACAUGUCCUGUAAGUGAAGCAGUGCGGAUACCUGUCCUGUAAGUGAAGCAGUGCGGAUAUAUGUCCUGUAAGUGAAGCAGUGCGGAUAUAUGUCCUGUAAGUGAAGCAGUGCGGAUAUAUGUCCUGUAAGUGAAGCAGUGCGGAUAUAUGUCCUGUAAGUGAAGCAGUGCAGACAUGUACACUUUUUUUAAAUGUGAUUUCUCACCUUCUAUCUCCACCUUGUUUUCUGCGUGUUUUGCAUUUUUCUUCUGUAUUCUGACUCACACCUACAUAUUUUGAUCGCAGUCUUUGCCCAGUGGCUGCUGGGGCUUCUAUGAGCAGGAGUCUGCAGUCAAAUACAGGCAAUCCACAGGUCACGAACAAGAUCCUUUCUGUAUUAAAGUACAUGCAUAAUACAGUGUAGUUAUACAUAGUGCAUAAUAAUACAGUAAUAAUAAUAAUAAUAAUAAUUCUACAGUAAUAAUGAAAGUAGCUACAUACUUUGCUUUCCUGUACCUUGAGCCAACAAACUGCUGAAGCCGUGUAAUGUUUUCACGAGCGCCACGAAGAAGUGUGUACGUUUGUUAUUACGAACCAUUGUACUUAACCCAAACAUUUAAUAUAAUAGGCUUUAUGGCAGUUUGUUUGUAAGUACAAGUUGUAACCCUGGACUGCCUGUACUUGUUACGGGAAUGAUUUUCUACAUACUGUAUGGGUUUAGCUGUGUUGUUAAUCUGAUAAUUGUCUCCACCCCAUAUCUGACUUCCCCAGCAUUCUGAAAAAUCUCUGAUGCGAGUAGAUUGUACUUAUGAGAAUACUAGACUGUGUGUUAAUAUUAUAAUCGCAAAAUGUUAUUCUUGUGCAUUAACAAGUAGAGCAUUGUAUUUCCAACCCACAAGUUGUGGGUUCAAAUCCCAGGGAGUGCACAUAACUUGUAAUCUUCCAUCUACUACUAAGUUGCUUCAGGGAAAAAAGUGUGAACUAAAUGAGUAAAUAUCAAUGUGGUGAUAUCAUCAGUACAUUUCCAGGUGCUAAAUUGGAAGAAAAACAAGGCCUCUGUUUUCCAGCAUGUAAUUUAGAGACUUAACUUCAUUAAAUGUUAAUGGUCUAGCUUGGAGUAUUGUUUGUACGUUAUAUAACAUAAGGUUAAAAAAGCUUAAAUGAUCGUUUACACGUUUUUCUUUUUUACUGAAAUAAUUCUCCCUGCUGGUUUCUAAACAUUUUCAGCUGUGUCACAGACACCUCUUAUAACAUGAUAAUCCCCUUUUUGCCUUGUAAUUAAUGUAGCUAUCCAAAGUGCCACAGUUACUUUCAUUUCAUUACAAUGGUGAAAAUAAAGCAAAGAACUGAGGCCCCA